AUGGCUUCUACCUCGGCUAUGUCAUUGGUCAUGCCACUCACUCAGAACCGAUCAACCAUUGCCUUCCUCAAGCCAUUGCCAUUGAAGCCAUCAAAGUCCUCAUCUUCCUCAACCUUGCCUUCACGUAGGUUUCAAGUGAAGGCAUCUAACUUGAAGAUGGAGAAAGCCGUGAGCGGCCUAGCUGCCACGGCCCUCUCCAUCUCAAUGGCGAUUCCAGAGGUGGCUGAAGCAGCCGGCUCAGGAGUCUCUCCUUCUCUCAAGAACUUCUUGCUCAGUAUUGCUGCGGGUGGUGUUGUGCUCACGGUCAUUAUCGGUGCCGUAGUUGGUGUCUCCAACUUUGAUCCUGUCAAGAGAAGCUAA